AUGGAAAGGGCCAGAAUCUAUUGGAUUCAGGUCACGCAGUCCACGUUCUUCAAGGAUGAACUCGCUGCACUCGCCAAAAAGGCUACGCUUCCGUCAACGCAUCCAUUUACGAGGCUCACCGCUUACCUUGACCAUCAGGGGAUCGCCAGAGUAGGCGGACGCCUCCAACACUCAGAGCUUUCGCACGACGGCAAACAUCCUGUCAUUUUGCCUCGGGAGUCAAGCUUCUCAGCGCUUCUCAUCGACCACGCACAUCGUCAGACCAUGCAUGGAGGUACGCAAUCCGCCCGCGCUUUUCUCGGACAACGCUACUGGAUUCUCGGUGGACGAGCUCCAGUGAAGACGCAUAUCCUGCGGUGUGUAAAGUGUGCUCGGCAGAGGGGGAUCCGUGCCCAUCAACUGAUGGGCCAUCUACCUCUUUGUCGGGUCACUCCAUCGCGCCCGUUCACCCACACUGGGGUGGACUAUGCAGGACCGCUCACGCUGAAAACUUGGAAAGGCAGAGGAGCCAAGACGCAGAAGGGGUGGAUUUGCGUCUUUCUUUGCUUCGCAGCCUCAGCUGUACACUUGGAAGUUGUCACCGAUUACUCAGCCGACGCAUUCAUCGCAGCUUAUCGCAGAUUCGCAGCAAGGAGAGGAACUGCAGCCUCUCUCUACUCAGAUUGCGGUACCAACUUCCAAGGAGCAGACGCACAGUUAAAAAAGCAGUUCAAGGACAGCACACGCGAAAAUCAAGACCUCGCAGCUCUACUCGCCAAGGAUGGUACGCAGUGGCACUUCAACCCUCCUGCCGCUCCACACAUGGCUGGAAAAUGGGAGGCAGUGGUCAAGUCUCUCAAAUUCCAUCUGAAGAGGACGAUUGGAGAUGCUUUAUUGACGUUCGAGGAAUCAAUAACAUUGCUCGCGCAGAUUGAAGCCAUCCUCAAUUCACGACCGUUGGAGCCACUCAGCGAUGACGUCUCAGCCCUAUCACCAGGACAAUUCCUGACAGGAUCGCCGCUCAACACAGUACCAGAGCCCACGCUUCUCGACGUCUCAGUCAACCGAAUGUCAAGGUGGCAAUUUCUGCAGCAGCGUCUCCAACAAUUUUGGAGACUCUGGUCCACGCAGUAUUUGAUGACUCCAGGCCAUCUCUAA